CCGGCUAAAAAGAAAAGUCUCCUUUUCCCUUGCUCAGCAUUCCUUUGUUUCCUAUCCUCCAUCCUUGCUACAAGCCAAAAAAGGGAGAAGAGAGUAAAUAUGAUCGUCCAUCGAUCCCCCUUUCCCGACUUGAGCUUACCCCCCGCAGAGACGUCUCUGCCUAGCUUCCUCUUCCGAGAUCUUCUCCCCUCUGCUGCGCACUCGAUCUCCCCUCCAGGUUGCAGCUCCUCCGGCUCCUCUAGCUCCCCUCGUUCUGAUGAGCCUCUAGUCAUCCCGCCUCCUUUCCACGAAAAGUUCAAUCCCAACCCCGUACGUCCAAAGGCAGAAGCGCUCUCCCUGCGCGGACUCAAGGAUCUUGCAGAGAGGUGGGCUACCUUUCUUGCAGCGGAGCCAACUUGGACCAGGGGAUCACAGGGACAUGAACAUGAGCAGCAGCAGCAGCCAGUACUGUCGUUGGUGACUUCGAAUCAGCAUGAUUAUACCGCCGCUGUAUUAGGGGCGCAUCUUGCCCAUCCUGCCGAUGACCACAGCUCGGCCUCCGGCUCCGGCCCGAGCUCAAGCUCAGCGUCCCCCUCGCGAGGUCCGCCAGGAGGAGUAGUAGCCCUGCACAACCCCUCCUAUACGGCUCACGAGCUUGCGCACCAGUUCCGCCUGGUCAGAACCAAUGUUGUGCUUUGCUCUCGUAAAGGAGCGGACAAUGUACGCGAGGCGGUGCGAUUGGCGAGGGAGGAAGAAGGGGAUGAUGAUUCGGCUGGUGGGAAGCUGCUGGGAGAAGUGGACGUUUGGUGCUUUGACGAAGAGCAAGACGGACAGGGCGGCAAGAGUCCGGAGGCCGAGGCUAAGGGAUCAGAUUGCGCCUCCUCGGCUACCCUCCGAUCAUGGUACUCUGUCCUCCCUCCCUCCUUGGACUCCUCUUCCUCCAAGAGCCUCUGGCAGCGCCACCUCUCCACCUCUCAUGGCUCUCAAGACGCCGUGUACUGUUUCUCCUCCGGCACUUCCGGCAAGCCCAAAGCCGUGCGACUGUCCCAUGGCAGUCUGGUGGCUAAUGUGAUUCAGGCUACAGGACUUAUGCAUGAUCGACUUUGCGAGCCCCUCUUUGAUAGGUGGAUUGCGGGGGAUAAGGAGGGUUGGUAUGAUGCGACAAAGAGUAGUAGGAGAGGGGAUGAGAGUCCACCUGCUACUGGACUUGUGCAGAGGGUGCUGGGAAAGCUCAAUCUCACAUCCGACGGCGGUGAUGAGGAGGACGAGCACAAGUCGCCGAAGCGCGAGCUGCAUAUCGACAUCCUACCUCAAUUCCACUGCUAUGGCCUCUUGGUAGCCUUCGUCGCCAUGCAUACCAUCACCCCACGCUACAUCCUCCCACGCUUCUCCCUCCCCCUCUUCCUCCACCUCACAACAAGCGAGCGCUGCACCUUCUCCUUCCUCGUACCCCCCAUCCUCCUCGCUCUCUCCCGCUCCCCAGAAGUAGAACAAGCCUGGGUAGACCUCUCCUCUAUGCGUCGCGUCGCCUCAGGAGCUGCCUCACUUCCUCCUAAAUUGCGAGAGGAAUUGUGGGAGAAGAGGGGAAUAAGGGUCACGGAUGGCUAUGGAAUGAGCGAGAUGAGUCCCAUUAUCUGUUUGGAGAUGGUAGAGGAUUGGAGUUUGAGUAAGAAGGGAGGUGGAGGGGUAGGAAGACUAGCGGCUAGUACCAAGGCGAGGGUGGUAGACGUCAAUACCGGCGAGGACUUGAAGGCAGUUGCUCCUGAAGAAGAAGAAGAAGAAGAAACGGUAAAGGGAACGCAAGGGGAGCUUCUCCUCUCCGGUCCACAAAUGAUGAGCGGCUAUCUCCGCAACGAAGCCGCCAAUGACUCCACCUUCCUCUCCAGUGAUACAGGGCAAGGGGAGGAGCGCUGGCUCCGCACAGGGGAUAUCGUCUCCCUCACCUCUCAGGGGUACGUGCGUAUCCACGAUCGCGCCAAGGACGUGAUCAAGGUCAGUGGAUUUCAAGUCAGCCCCGCCGAAUUGGAAGAAGUGAUCCUGCGGGGUGUACAAAGCGUAAAGGACGUGGCAGUCGUUGGAGUACCUGUGCCCGUGCAAGGACAGGAGUCAACAGGAGGAGCAGGAGGAGCAGGAGGAGAAGAGCAACCUUGGGCAUUUUGCGUUCAUGUGAAUGGAGAAACGCUCAAGGACGAGGGUAAAGAGGAAGAGGAGAGCAAAAAGGUGAUAGAGUACGUUAAUUCAAAGAUGACAAAGUACAAGCGCGUAAAAGGAGUCACCUGGAUCACCGAGCUGCCAAAGAACGCUUCGGGAAAAGUGCUCAAGCGCGAGCUGCGAGAUGGAGCAAAGAACAAAGGGAAGAACGAGAAGGGGGUAGAGAAGUAGAGGUAGCGAUCAGAUCACUGGUACAUUGUGCUAUGCUUUUGCGAUUUCGAUGAGUCCGCUCCAGCUCGAGGUCGAGCUCAGACUCAGACUCAGAGUCUCACCACUCCCGAUACCGUGCUUGCUAAUAAUUCCCCCGCGCCAGCGCCAAGGAAAUCGACUUUGUCAUUUCUCUUUAGAUGGAGAUGUAAUGUAAAGUAUAGACGAUCCCCAAUAAUACCACCGCUUUCGAACUUGCAUGCGAUCCUUGGCUGACUGAUCCACUUAUACGACUCUCGGUAG